UCUCGUUCACACGUUUGAAUACAGAAGGGGUUGGAGAGGGGGACCAUUUUCAUGGCCCGUCUGUUUUGUAGAGGGCAGCGCACGCAGAGCUUCGCAGGAUGGUUCUAGUGCAUGUCGGAUAUCUGGUUCUUCCCGUUUUUGGCUCUGUGAGAAAUAGAGGGGCCCAUUUCAACAGGCAACAUCAGCAUGGCCAUGCUACCUCCUGUCGGCACUUCCACCUAAGCGCCCCGGCCCAGAUGUCCGCAGAUUUUCCCCUGGCCCACACGGGCCAGCCUCAGCCGGGCCUGACGCCCACGCACCAGCCCCCUACGCAGCUCCAGCCGCCUGUCGCUGCCCUGGCCGCGCCGCAAUUCCAGGAUGUGCCAGGGCCCCACUUCCUACCUCAGGCCUUGCACCAGCAGUACCUCAUCCAACAGCAGCUCCUGGAGGCGCAGCAUCGGCGGAUCCUUCCGCACCCCAGACGAACACAAGAGCGAGUCCAGCUUCACCCUCCCUGGCUGCGCUCUGGCUACGACUACAACCCCUCCAUACACGUCCCGCAACCGAUGGUGCAGCAGCCCCGUUAUUUGGCCGAAGGCACCGACUGGGACCUCAGUGUGGACGCAGGCUUAUCCCACCCUCAAUAUCACCUGCGACAGCUCCCCCAGCAUUAUCAGCAUUACCUGGCAUCUCCCAGAAUGCACCACUUCCCCAGAAAUGCUUCGUCAACCCAGGUGGUUGUGCACGAGAUUCGAAACUACCCGUACCCUCAGCUGCACCUGCUGGCCCUACAGGGCCUGAACACGUCACGCCACGGGCCUGCGGUACGAGAGAGCUACGAGGAGCUUUUGCAGCUGGAAGACAGACUAGGAAGCAUGAGCCGAGGAGCGGUACAAAGCACUAUCGAGAGAUUCACCAUCCCUCACAAGUACAAGAAGAGAAGACUCCAGGAACUGAAAAUAGACAUAGAUGAGGAGGACCUGGACAUAGACGAAAAAUGCACCAUCUGUCUGUCAAUGUUAGAAGACGGAGAAGAUGUCAGGAGGUUGCCUUGCAUGCACCUCUUCCAUCAGGCCUGCGUUGAUCAGUGGCUGGCCACCAGCAGAAAGUGCCCUAUCUGCCGGGUGGACAUCGAGACCCAGCUGACGCCGGAGAGCUGAGGCCCGUAUUGGCCUGGAUCGCGGUCCCGUCGGUACUCCCCUGUCCCUUGGGCGCUUUGCCAAAUGUCUAGUCCUCACCACUUCUGACCCUGCCUUCUGAGCCAAGCGAGAACUAGCGUAGGAUAAUUUAAAAAAGCAAAAAAGCACACACCAUAAAAAAGAAGAGAAACACUUUUCACUUUUUGGGUGUCCGGUUCAAGGCCGCGGUGUUGUUGCUGGUGAGUUGGGUGGGGGCUAGUGUAAAGUUGGAACUGCCGUUCUCCCAGAAUGACAGAGAGGCAGUGCAUAAGUAUGUUACGUUGAUCUAUUUAAUGACGAAGGUACAAAAUAAGAAAUCCAAGGCAUGCAAUCCAUAGUCUGUUUGGGAUGCUUGAUUCCCUGGGCUUUCAUUUCAGAAGAUAAAUCAAAAAAGCUGGUUACCCUCCUCGACUGGCAAUAGUUGUAAUAGUUUCGACAUCACGAAAAGAGAUUUUAUCGCUGUUUUAUUGCUAUGGGUGAACGUGAAGCCACUAGACUUCGUACGGCUGCUUCUUCUUGCGGUGUUGCAUCAGCUUUGGCCUCUGUGUUUGAUGCAGUGUUGGAGAGUAACAGUAUUUAACGCUGGGCAGAACAUCAAGGCUUGACAAUAAGAACCGGGGGCUUCCUCCCUGACUUUCUAGCGGCCAUAUAAGGGCAAAUGUUGGCUGACGUUAAUGACGUGCAUCUUGUGUUCUGGUGGGGCCUCUGUGCUGUAGAGCUGUGUACUCAGAAAUGCAUGUUGUCAUGUAAGCUUGGGCUGUUCCAUAAGCCAGAAGAUGAAGUAUGUUUUUUCUGUGGGUAAGUUGGUUCAGAGCAACGUGACUUCCGUUUAUUUAAAACUAAAAACUGCAAGUAAUACUUUAGGAUGUGAGUGGCUACCGCUUAUGUGAAGUGACGUGUUUUCAUCUCGUCAUUGUAGUGGCCACGGGUGGAACCUUAUUGUAACGUAGAGCUUUUUGCCUAAUGAACAAGCGCAUGUGAUAAAUACAUAGACAGCCCCUAUUUUUUGCUUUCUUUCUAUUUGUUUCGAUAUGAAAACAACAUUGAUUGUUUCGAAAGAAGGUGACCUGUGGGGUAUUUCGCUAAGCGGGGUAACUCUGUUAGCUGGCAACAAAAGAUUAGCUAAUAUAGGAAGAUAACUUCGGAAUCCUUCCUUCCGGUCAGUUCUGGCUUUUGUCCGCAUUUUAAUGGAAGUAAACCGGCCGGCCGAGUCAUCCUGCUUGGCGGAGCAGCCUCCCGGUGUGCAACGAGCGUCUUCGCGGAAGUGUCGGAUUGCCUCUGUUGUUGCUCGGCCGCAUCGCUGGAACAACAACGUGCGCUGCUAUUCCGUGACGGAAACAGCGUCCUCUAGAUUAGGGCGUGAAGAGUAUGGGUGCAGUUCACUUGAAGUGAGGAGAAAAAGCCAUCUAUUUUUUUGUCUUUUUGUUGGGGAAAGAAAUUUGUCCUGUCUGAGUUUGUGACUCGGUUGGUUAACGUUUCUGUUUAUCGUACUGUCUCUUGUCUUUUCCUUUCACGUGUCAGGUAAAUCAAAAAUGGAAAUAGUGCCCGCGCAUGGCUGGCGCUCCCGAAAGCUGGUGAUGUAUUGUACAAACAAAUAUGACAAAUAAGACAAUGUUUUUUUUUUUUUUUUUUUUUUUUUUUUUUUCUGUCAAAUGAAUCACUUUCUUUUUAGGGAGGGAGCAGAAAGUGUGAGGGGUACAUUUACAUUUGCACUUGACGCAAAUUUGCCAUGCACCUGUGACUGCAUCGGAUGUGUGUAACCUUGCUUAUUUCACUGUCAGGUAAAUCGGACAUGGAACCAGUGAAGCAGCACCAUGUCCCUCUUAACCAAUUAUUUGUAACAGUUGCUAAGCUGCUACCUUAUUUAUUCUUCUUUUUAUGUAUUUUUUUUUUUUUUUUUUUAGUAAAUGCACUAUACAUAUAUAUCUUAAUUGCCUCAAUUUGUAGUGAUCCAAAGGUCGUUUUCUUAUCGUUGCUUGUGUGUCAGCGCCCGCUGGCCUGUUUCCGUGAUUGCCUGAGUGAAAACUGGGAAAUAUUUCAUCUGCACUCCACCACUCAAUGCCACCACUCCACAGUUUCUCAUCAUACCAGAACAAUAGGAAAAUAACAAUUUUAAUGCAUCACACAUUUAGACCCUUAUAAUCGGGACAUGAAAGACUCAACAAAGUGACGUGGGACAAUAUGCCUAUCAUGUAAAAAAAUUAAAAAUAAAAAAAAGAGUUCAGAUGACCUAUGGGAGUGGAGGGGAAAACAGCAGCCACGCUUGCAGUACUUCAUCUCCCAGAAUGCCUUUAGACACUCAUAUGAUGAUAAGGUAAAUACCAAGAAGCAGGGAAUCUCUUUGGAAAAGGCAAGCUCGUGAGCAUGUGACAAGAGUGACACAUAAUUGGUUUAGUUUAGUUCCUGUGUUUGGUUAUUUUAUGUUUAUUUUCUACCUCUCUGGAACAUUUUACUGAGCAUCACAUACAGUAGACCUUGUGUGCAUUCUUCACCGUAAGUAUCACGACACCUUGGUUGGUAAAAAGUUUAUUAAGACAAUGAACCAAAAGAGAACCAAAGAAAACCAAGGAUUAGUCACUCCUUCAUUGUGGCACAUGCUCAAGAGGCGUCUUCCUUCUUCAGAAGCUGCUCUGUUCUUUGGUUCAUCAUGAUUGGUAAUUUAAACGGUUGGGCAAGUGUUUUAAACACCAUGGAAUUUUAAAUAUUAGAGGGACAGUGGCAGUAUUUCCCUAGAGUUCCCUGAGUAAUUCAUUUUCAAAAUACAGAUCAAGUGUUUGUUCUGUAAAAAUCUCAGUACUGACAUAUCACGUCUGCGCUUGAAACUGGAAGUUGAGUCCAGCAUUGGAUUAUUAUAGGGCUUGGAUAAUUCCAUAGCCCAGGGUUCAGUAAGAGUGCAAUAUUACAAACUGAUCAGCUUUUCAUUAUAUCAGUCUUUGUUCAGCUGAUUAUGUCACGUAGGCAAACAUAGCUCUUAUUUCAAGUCUGGGUUAAAUAUCCUGUACUAGGUCUUCAUUCACAGUUUUGAAUCUGCAGUCCACUGGUUUCCAGUCCAGUUGUUCAUCCACUACACAUAAGCGCUGUCCAAUUUGAGAAUCAACACAUGUCCUGCUGUUCACUCAUACAGCGAGAAAGAGUACCGUGUCCACUUUCUGUGUUGUUUUCUGUUGGAAUAAUCAAUCGUUUACAUUGGCUGUUUGUGAGUUAAAAUGCCUUAAGUGUUUAACAAUCAUAAUUUAUUCCUAACUGUAGAUAUCGUGGGUACGCGUUCAACUUUAUAGUUUUGCAGUUUCAAUCAACAUAAUUUAUGUAUAAACAAGACAAAAUGAACUAAAAUUACCUUAUUUUUGGAUUGCUUAAUGGGAAUGCUUUGCAUGCAUUUAUAGUUUUCCUGAAAAAAAAAGAAAAAAAAAAGAAAAAAAAAACGCUAAAAAUGUUUUAAUUUACCAGAUCAGGGUGUGUUGAAACUGUAUUGUGGUGCUGUUAAUCUUAGGUACAUUCCGUUAAAUGCAAUUUCUUCGAUCCCUCAUGCUGUGAUCUAUAGUGGACAAACUGCAAUAGGGUUAACAUGGUUUUAGUAUGCAUUAUUUCCUCUUAGCGCAGCAUGGCUACCCUCCCACUGGCAUCUUGAAAAUAUUAUCAAAUCAUUUUAUUUGUACUUAGGUUUAGUUUCCCAGUCUCUGCGCAUAAACUAUAUAUUUAAACUGCAUUUUUUUUUUCCAAUAAUCAGAAACUGGGAUGCCCACUGCCUAGUUUUGUGCAGCUUCACUGGAGAUGUAUUUUAUGUGAAUAGUAACUUUCAAAAAAUCUAACGCUACUCCAUCUGGCUAAAACCAGCAACUAUCUUGGUCCGCAACCCAUAGGAUCCACACUGCCGAAUGGGACUAACUCUAAGUGCCUCAUCCUCAGGUGGCAAAAAAGAAAGUCCAUUCUAAUUAUUCUGGGCAAGCUUCUUUUGGACAGUUUGCGUUGUUUCAUUUUUGGCCUUUUUACCGAUUGAGUGUUUGUGCUAGGGUAUUUAUAUACAUUAAAAGUCUGUCUGCCACUGGGUAAUUGGACCUCAGUCCAUGUUUAACAGCUAACUUUUAAAAGGAUCAAUAUUUUAGGCUUUGUCUGUUUAUGUCUUGCUUGGAUGUUUACGAGGCUACGCAACACAGCAUAUAGUUUUCAUAUUAAACUGCCUCUCAAGAAAUCUAACAGGUGAUAGAGUCUAGUCGGUAUUUUUUUCUAAAUGCAAACUAAUUCCACAUUACGUUACAUACACUACGUUAAAAAUAGGGAAAAAACUGCCACAUCCCCAUGUGGUAAUCAGAUCUGUCUUUGGAUCACUGUUAAAUCAUAAUGGUCCGUUAUGCUUGAGGAACUGGCCUAUGGUCAAGGGACGAGCACUGAUUUGGAGAACCAUACCUCCUGGCAAGAUACUGGAUGCUGAAGGAACUCAGGGCAUCCGUGUAUUUGUAGAAACAGCACUGAAAUGACACACGCAGUUGUACCAAUACCAAAUACCAAUAUCUGAAAUCAUCCAAAUUGUAAAACCCUUGUACAAAAUAAUGCACAAUGGAAUGAAAUUACAGAUAUUAGUCUGAGCCACUGACGAGUCACUGUUUUUCACCAGUACUUCUUCAAAUUAGUUUUGGCCAUUUUUACACCCCUCUGAUGGACUCAGCUGCCCUUGCUUCUUCAUGCAUUAAUCCACAAUUGCUUUAGAUGCUUUGCCAUAGUAUUAAUUUGUUUUGGAAAAAUCCAGAACAAACAACGUAUCUUAAAGCACAAGCUACUUAAAUGCAUGUCUCUCUCAGGUUUUAAUAUGUAUGUGAAAAAAAAAUAUUUAUAGAUGUUUUAAAAUGUUGCAGAUAUACCUUGGAAAUUAUAGAUGAUUAUUUGCUGCUGAAAAUGAAAUUGAAAACGUCCAAUAACCUGCCAGUGAAAGGGAAGCUACCGUCUUGUUUUUUUUCCUUUGUACACGACACUGCUGUUGGCUGUGACUGCUCAAUGUUUUACUAUAUAGAACGUUUUUAUAGAACUGUGUAGAAAUAUGUAUCAUUAAUAUAAAAGCUAUAGCUCAUUGAUGAUGACAAUAAUGACAAAGAACAAAUA